AUGACGCAGAGCAAUUAUAUCGUUGUUAAGAAAUACGGAAAACCAGGACAAUUCAAGAACGAGUCAAAGCGAGGCAAGGAGUUGGGAGCCGUGGAGAAAUACAGGCUCCGACGGAAAUACCCACCACCGCGAAGCAUUUGGGACGGACAAGAAACUAUCUACUCAUUCAAAGAAAACAGUAGAAAGUAUCUGAAACAGUUUUAUAAGCAAAAUCAGUACCCCACACUUGACCAGAAGAAGGAAAUCUCUCGAGCCACUGAUUUGGAGAUUCGUACAGGUAUGCUUUCCUUUUUCGAGCUCAUUUUAAAUAAAAAAAGAAAAGUCAUUGAUAUCCAGAUCUCAAACUGGUUCAAAAAUCGCCGCCAGCGUGACAAAACGAGGAUGGAAUGUGCACAAUACGGUCGACCGCAAAUGGUUCAAUUGCAGACACUCGCUUACAGUAAUCUCCCUUUGAAUAUGAACAUCAGCAUGCCAUACUCAUGCAAAAUGGAAUGA